AUGGCAUCCAAAUCCCUUAGCAUCACUGCCACUUCACAAGAUGAAGGUGAUUCUUUCCACACAAAAGAAGGGGUGAGCAUGAAGGCGAAUGAAGAUCAACCCUCAAAAUCAAAUUCCAGUGAGUCUGUCGAUUCGGUAAAGCUAUCGAAACAUGAUGUUGUUAGCCCUAUUCAAGUUGGUUCAACAUCUUCUUUUCAUAAUAACAGCAAUGAAAGGAAAGAUGAGAAGAAGAACGAAGAGAAGAUCUCGGAUGUGAAGUAUUUUUCAUGCUCCUAUUGCAAGGGGCAAUAUUCUACUUUACAAGGGUUAAGAGGGCAUCAAAAUGCCCAUAAAGCAGAACGUGCAAUGGAAAAACAACGUAAAGAAAUGUAUAAUGUUGGUGCUUUAGGUUUAGGGCAAUCUCACCUUAAACCUUAUAUCAUUGAUUCUAGUGCUUCUUUUAUACCUUAUAAUAAUUAUAGGGGCCUUGGUGUUAGAAUGGAGUCAACAAUUCAAAAACCACCUUAUACUAACCCUAGGAUUACCCCAAAUGGUUCUAAAUAUGGUUAUGGUGCUUUGCGUUUGAAUGAUGUAUUACACCCUUCACUUUUUAAUUUGAGAAAUAAUAUUGAGGCUAGUAAUACUGGUGUAGGAACUCUAGGUUUUGGUGGAGCAAGUACUUCAAGAAUUAAAGAUGGUACAAAUAAUAAAAUUGGUGCUAUUCUAAAACUUGGUGAUUCUUCUACUGCCACAAGUUCAAGCUCAAACACAAACAAGAAAAAUGUUGUGGCUACUACUUCUGCAAUGGAUGAUGAUAUAAAGUCAAACAUUGAAGAAGAACCCUCCAAUUUUGACUCUUCUGAACUUGACUUAACACUCAAGCUUUAG